AUGAAGCCCGAAGCCAUGCCAUAUUCCGACGUCCGCCGCGAGGCUGAAAUCCACAAUGAUCCCUCCAUGACCGACGUUAGCGUGUCGCUCCUCAGCGACGACGGCGAAGGCAAGCAGUGGAACAGGGCAGACCUCGAAGAUGGGACACGGACGACGCAGCCGAGCCGAUGCGCGAGGGCCCUUGGCUUCUUUCGUCGCUGGCGCGGGCUCGUCGAUACCCUUAUGCUGGUCAUCAUCCUCGGUCUGCUUCUCGAGCGGAGGGCGGGCCUGCAGCCAACAACACCCCGCGACAAACGUCUCGAACCCGUGGGCGACCUCACAGGGUUCGCACCAGAGUUCACUCAGCAAAUCACCACGUUCCACCCGACGACGGACUUUGUCCCCGACGACCCGAAGAAGUUCUUCACCAACGCCUCGAUCCAGGAGAACUGGCUCUCCAUCGUGCCCAGGGGCCUGGGCUACGUCGUCAUGAACGACACCAAGGCCCAUGACAACCUGCCCGUCCCGCUGCCCGAGUUCACGCCGCGCACGGUCUUCACGACGUCCAUGACGCAUCAGCUGCACUGUCUCUACGCGAUCCUCGAGAGCUACGCGGGGCUCGCCGUCAACGGCAGCGGCGCCGUCGACAUGCACUCGCACCUCCCCGAGGGUGCCCAGGGCUCCGAGGAGCCGUGGCAUCUGCAGCACUGCUUCGAGUACCUCCGACAGGCCAUCAUGUGCGCAGGCGAUGUUGCGCUGGAGGGCAUGCAGACGACGUUCCCUCCGGGUUGGACGGGUAGCGACGGUUGGGGCGCGAAGCACGUUUGCAAAGACUACAAGCAGGUCUACGAUUACCUCGACAAGAACCGGGCGAUGGAUGAUCACUGGAUCUAA